AUGGGCCUCUCCUCGACAAUCUACCAGACCAUCUUCAAGAGGAACUCCGUCUUCGUCGGAUCCAUCUUCUUCGGCGCCUUUGCUUUCGGCCUUGGCUUCGACACUGCCACCAACAAGCUCUGGGAGAACCACAACAAGGGGAAGCUCUGGGCUGACAUUCGUGACAAGGUCGGCGGCUCAGAGGAGGAGUAGAGAGCAAAUGUCACAAGUUUUGGGCGUCUGAAGGAAGCAUAUCCGAGCUGCAUGCAAGCGACGGAGAAGGGGGUGACGAUGGU